CGCCGACGACAAGAGGGUAAAACACACACACACACACCGGUGAACCAAUGGAAAGUGAAGCGAUUCAGGACGAGCUUCAAAGCUUAGAGCUCGAGAUCAAAGAUGUUCAAGGUCAGAUAAGUGCUUUGAUAGAGCAUCAAGACAGGUUGUACGAGAGAAAGUCUGAGCUUAAGACAUUGUUAAAAGCAGUUGCAGCUUCAGUAACACCUGUCGCAUCUUCUUGUCCUGAUGGCUCGAGUGCUGUGGAGAAUUGGUCCGAGCCAUUCGAGUGGGAUUCACGCGCUGAUGACAUUAGGUUUAACAUUUUUGGCAUAUCCAAAUACAGAGCUAACCAGAGAGAAAUAGUUAACGCUAUAAUGGCUGGUAGAGAUGUACUGGUGAUCAUGGCAGCAGGUGGGGGGAAGAGUCUUUGCUAUCAGCUUCCUGCUAUACUUCGUGGUGGUACAACUCUUGUUGUCAGCCCUUUACUUUCACUCAUUCAGGAUCAGGUUAUGGGUUUGGCGGCUCUAGGGAUUUCAGCUUACAUGCUGACUUCUACUUCUGGCAAGGAGAAUGAGAAGUUUGUGUACAAGGCACUUGAAAAGGGUGAAGAUGACCUCAAGAUACUUUAUGUGACACCUGAAAAGGUAUCAAAGAGUAAAAGAUUCAUGUCGAAGCUUGAAAAGUGUCACAAUGCUGGUCGCCUCUCUCUUAUUUCAAUUGAUGAGGCUCAUUGUUGUAGUCAGUGGGGUCACGAUUUUCGGCCUGAUUACAAGAACUUGAGCAUUCUUAAAACUCAGUUUCCCAAAGUUCCCAUGGUGGCUUUAACCGCAACUGCUACACAGAAGGUCCAAAAUGAUCUGAUAGAGAUGCUGCAUAUUCCUAAAUGCGUCAAAUUUGUUAGCAGUGUUAACAGGCCAAAUCUCUUUUACUCGGUGCGAGAAAAGUCGCUGGUUGGUAAAGCUGUGGUUGAUGAGAUCGCAGAGUUCAUACGGGAAUCAUAUUCUAACAAUGAAUCUGGAAUAGUUUAUUGUUUCUCUCGGAAGGAGUGUGAACAGAUUGCAGGAGAACUACGAGCAAGAGGGAUCUCUGCUGAUUAUUACCACGCAGAAAUGGAUGUAAAUAUGCGAGAAAAAGUUCAUAUGCGAUGGAGUAAGAACAAGUUGCAGGUCAUUGUUGGAACAGUUGCCUUCGGCAUGGGAAUCAACAAACCAGAUGUCAGGUUUGUUAUCCACCACAGUUUAAGCAAAUCAAUGGAGACUUACUAUCAGGAGAGUGGUCGUGCUGGUCGUGAUGGCCUCCCAUCUGAGUGCGUUCUCUUUUUCCGUUCGGGUGAUGUUCCCAGGCAGAGUUCCAUGGUCUUCUACGAGUAUUCUGGUCUGCAGAAUCUCUACGAUAUAGUACGAUACUGUCAGUCGAAAACAAAAUGUCGUCGAAGUGCUUUUUUCCGUCAUUUUGGAGAGCCGUCACAAGAUUGCAACGGAAUGUGCGACAACUGUGCCUUGUCAAGUGAGGUCAAGGAAGUUGAUGUAUCGGACCUAGCUAAGCUCGUGGUUUCUAUGGUGCAAGACAUGCAAGCUAAGGAUCAAAGAGUGACAAUGUUGCAGCUGGGUGACAAACUGAGAACUAAGCACAAGGAUCUAAGUGCUGAGCUAAAGAGAGAAGAGAUAGAACAUCUCGUGAUAAAACUGAUUGUUGACUCGGUAUUGAAAGAAGAAUUCCUGCACACACCAUACUCGACAAACGCCUAUGUAACAACGGGACCGUUGGCAAACCAAUUGUUGCAAGGAAGAAAGACGAUCAAAACGGAAACCUCAAGCAGACAAAUAAACAAGAAAUCGAAAAGAAGUAGUUCAUUUUCUGGAUUAGAAUCCAAGCUUGACGAGCUAAGGAAAGAGAUAUCUGCUGCUCAUGGAAGCAUGCUCCCUCACACUGUCCUCUCAACACAGCAGAUUGGCUUGAUAAGUUCCCAGAAACCAGAUUCAUUACAAGAGUUGGAGAGCAUAAUAGGAAAACUGAAAACAGACAAGUACGGAGACAAGAUUCUAGAAGUGAUGAGACAUGAUACGGUCUCUGAACAACUUGUUGAAGAUGCAACAAAGGAAGAGACAUGUAAAAGCAGAUCAAGUAAAAGAGCUAAGACACAGAAGAAUGUUGUUUUGUUAGAGAGCAGCGAAGAAGAAGAAGCUUGAUGAAUCCGGUUUGGAAAAAUUUCAGGUCGUCGGCAAACCGGUAAUACACCAUUCUUUAUGCAUUAACUAUGUACUGCGAAUUGGCGUUUAAGGGAUGCUUAAUCGAUAUACACUUGCACCUUGUUUUCCAAGUGAUAAUCAUACCAAUGAUUCUGUUUUCCACU